AUGACAUCAACAUCUGACACGGACGACGAGGAGAAUUUCCCUUUCGAAUACCAGCCUAUCGACACGUCAAAUAAUGAGAUUCGCGUCAUAUACCUGCAGGCACUGGAGCAUCCACAGGGCCCCGCAGACGAACCGGUCAUCCGCUGCACCCUGGAAAAUGCACGACUUGGCCGCGGCCUGCGGUACACGGCCCUAUCAUACGUCUGGGGAGACCCAAAUAUCACAAAACCAAUAUCAGUAAACGGGAGGCCAUUCCCCGCCACAGUAAACCUGCAGACCGCCCUCCGCCAAUUGGCCUUGGAACUGCGGGACCAAUAUUCAACAAAGGAAAUGUGCCUGUGGGUCGACGCCAUCUGCAUCAACCAGUCCGACCAAGCGGAAAAGACGCAGCAAGUGUCUCUCAUGGGCCAAAUUUUCGCAAGAGCGAGCAGCGUCCGCGUCUGGCUGGGUCCAUCCCGCGACCACAGCUCCCUCGCCUUCCAAACCCUGCGCAACCUCACCGAGAUGCGCUACGCGGAGCCGCUGCAGCACGUCGACUCGUGGCCCUCAUUCCGCUUCUCGUCCGCGGACACGUUCGAAAUUGCCGUGCAGAAGUCGCUCGACGGGAUCCUGUAUUUCUUGUGCACCGACCAAGCGUCUAAGCUCUCCGCCAUCUUCUCGCUCCUCGACCGGCCCUGGUUCCGGCGCGUGUGGGUGAUCCAGGAAGUCGCGUUGUCGAGCAAGGCGUUCCUGGCCUGCGGCCCGGACGCGCUGGACUGGGAGGACUUCUGGACCGCGUGCUGGGUCCUCAUGGGCAUCCGCGACUACCUGCAGGCCGUCAUGCCGCACGCGGGGCAGAGGUCGGCCGUCGCGGCGACGACGCUGACCAGGAAGCUCGGCAGCGUCACCACCGUCGGCUUUCCCUGGGUCCGCGGCCAGCAGACGCUGCUGCUCUUGCUUAGCAUGCUGGCGACGGACACCGACGCCGCGCCGCUGGAGGCCUCGGACGAGAGGGAUUUUGUGUAUGGCUUGCUGGGCUUGGCUAACGAUGCGGCGUAUCUUGAUAUCAGGCCGCACUAUUCUAAGGGGUGGAGGGAGAUAAGGGUCGAGGUUGCGAGGAAGUGCUUGAUGUAUUAUGGGUUGGACAUGCUGUCUUUCUGCGGGUUGCAGGGCUCUGUAAAAGACUUCACCGCCGCUUCUCCAUCCUGGGCGCCGAACUGGGCUUCCGGAGAUCUUCCCAGGCCGUUGAGCAUCGGAUCCGUUUUCAGGGUCCGGGGCGGAUGGAAGAAAAGCGCUUACAGCGCCAGCGGAACUAUGGGUCAGACAGUAGCGGAUUGGUCUUUCGGUUUCAAUGGCGGCCUCGCGCUUUCGGCAGUCAGUGUCGAUUACGUUAGCGUGCUGGGCGGUAUUCUGCCGCAUAAAGAUACUGGAGCCGAUCAUGAGACGGGGCGAGACCACCAGCUCUCCAUAUGGUUAUCUGGUUUAAAUGAGCUGUUAAACGAACCCAACUCCAUCUACAACACGGACGAGAAAGUUGCCGAGGCAUUAUGGAAGACGCCCAUUGCCGACCGGGGACAAGUCUACAACUACGAAACGGAGCGGGCAACCGAAGACCUGAGGGCUGGCUAUCAAGCGUUGGUUGGUGAUGAGAGGGGAAGUACAAGCCAAGUCAAGGCUGCCAGGUAUGCAGCAAUUGCUCGCCGUAAGCUCCGUCGGAGGCAAGCCUUCAAAACGUCUGAAGGAUACUUGGGCAUCGGGCCUCACGGAAUGCAGGUUGGAGACUUUGUUUGGAUUGUUGUGGGUACUUCCGUACCUCUCGUGUUACGUAGAUGUAUGGCCGAAGCUUGGUGCAUUGUCGGUGAAGCUUAUGUUCACGGUAUAAUGGAUGGCGAGAUGAUGGGAGGAAAUGAACCAUUCAAGACAAUCAAUAUCAUUUGA